UGGAACAGCUUGACUGUCUUCGUUUUCUCUCACUUCCUCUUCAAGCUUUAGUCACCGCGAGCUGCCACACCUGUCCACGACUCAACGCAGGAGUUUAAGGCUGUUUCACGGCUGUUUAAAGUGUCCACUGUGUGCUGAUAGUGUAGUCGGGGUAGUGUGUGUGUGUGUGUGUUUGUGUUUGUGUGUUCACCUCCUCUGUCCGUCGGUGAAGCGGUGUUCCCCUCCCACUCGAAAGUGAAAACAGUUCAUCUCAAGCACGCGGCACGGUAAGAACUAUUGCACGUGCCUUUUGACUACUCCAUCAAAUAAAAGGUGACCGCCUGUAUCACGCUGAUGAAUCUGUUCAUCCCCUAAAAAACUUUUGGGAUCUAAAGAUGUCAACAUUUGAAAUACAUCACUAUGAGUCAUGACUUGGUGAAAUUGUUCAGAAAGAAAUUGUACAGCUUAAACAUCGCAGAUCACCAUGGUCUGAAGAGUCCAGGUCUUACCUGCUAUUUGAACUGCAUCCUCCAGGUGCUUUUUAUGACUGAAGAUUUCCGAGAGGCCGUAAAACGAUGCAGCAGUGAAGAUUCAACAGCUAUAGACUCACAUUUGGCAGAUUUGUUUUCUGCCUUAGAGAAAAAAAUGUCAAGAACUCAUGGAAUCAUAAGAAAACUGGGCAUCGGUAAUGUGUAUGAGCAACGGGAUGCUGCUGAGUAUUUUGAGAAAAUCCUUUGUCGGACAAGUCCAGAGGCAUCCCAGAUGUUUAAAGGACAACUAAACCACAGGACCAAAUGCCUGAAGUGCGCAGAGACGAACAAUACCAGGGGCUCUUUUUGGUUUCUGCCUCUUGCGGUGGAAGAUCCUUGUCGUCAGAUCUUCAGUGUGGAGAAAGGGUUGGAGACAUUCUUCAAGGGAGAAAAAGUCUGUGGGGAAAACAAGAUUUUCUGCAACCGUUGCAACAAAAAGCAAGAUGAAGAGUUUGGAUGUGACAUCGCACAAAGUCCAGAAGUUUUGACCCUCUUGUUGAAGAGAUUCAGUUUUGACGAUAAGUGCGGGCGUUACAUCAAGCUGCACUGCAAAGUGGAAGUCCCAAAAACUUUACAAAUUGCGGAUUGUACGUAUGACCUCUACGCUUUAGUUGACCACUUUGGUGAUCUCACAGGAGGUCACUACACCGCUCUGAUCAAAUCCUUUGAAACUCAGGGGUGGUACCGCUUCAAUGAUGAUAUUGUCAGUGGGGUCAGACAUGCCGUAUUUGGGGCGGAGGACGAGUGUUUGAGGUCUCGCACAGCGUACCUCCUCAUGUACAGGAAGGUGAGCAAACAUCGUGAAAAAUGUGACGAUGGUGCUUCGGACGCUCUCUGCCCAAACUCUGACGUUGAUGCAGAAAGGGAAGAGGUGCCUGGUCUUCAUCAUCAACUCAAGGAUGAAUGCAUCGCAGAGGAGGAAAACUUCAAGCGCUUGAAUGGCAGACAAAAACAGACAAACUUUUCAGAGGGUUUGGAAAAUCCGUUUCACCAGAGAGCACCACACGAAGAGAUGAUCCCGAGAGACGGUGGACAACAAACUCCUGAACUAAACAGACGGCGACUUGAUAUGAACUCAGUGGAUCCCAUACUGCAUCUUAGCAUCAGAGGGACCCCCUCAGCGCAUUUGACGACACACUUUCAAAACUGUUUGUUAGAAAACAAACAUGAAACUAAAACGAGAAGACUGAGGGGGACCAACACUGACUGUGAAACACAGGAGUUCACUGCUGCAAGGACUGAAAUAACAGCACCAAGAAUGACUGAUGUGAACCGUACAAGAAGCAGAGUCCAACCUGCAGAGACUGAAGUUGUGAAAAACAAAACCGAGGUGGACAUCAGCCAGAUAACGUCCACCACAGACACCGCGUCAAAGGGAGAAAGAAGGCCCAGAGCGGCUUCAAAAAGCAGAGACAGAGUCACUAGAGAGCCAUGGAGGUGUUGAAAUAAUAAUAAUGGUGUCUGAUUAAAUGUCUUACUUUGCUUUGUAUACAUAAAAUGUUCAAAUUUCAUUAUUUUGGACAUUCCAGCCUAUAAUAAAGAAGUAUAACAAUAA